UGUGUUGCUAUUGUGGUGGUGGAGCUGGCGGUGGGUGUCGUGUUGCCUCCUUGUCUCGCACCUGCUAGUCUCAGUUAUGGCGGAAGAGGCAGCUGAUGUGGACAUUUCUGACCUGGAGCCAUUAGAGCCUUCCCUCAAAAACAUAGUCGAACAGAAUACGUUGAAAUGGGUAUUCGUUGGAGGCAAAGGUGGAGUGGGGAAAACCACAACGAGCUGUAGUUUGGCAGUACAACUCUCGAAAGUCCGAGAUUCUGUCCUCAUCAUAUCUACAGAUCCUGCACACAAUAUCUCUGAUGCCUUUGACCAAAAGUUCUCAAAGGUUCCAACUAAAGUUAAAGGAUUUGAAAAUUUAUAUGCAAUGGAAAUAGACCCAAAUAUAGGGUAUGGAGAACUUCCUGAUGAAUAUUUUGAAGGUGCAACAGAUGCCAUGCGCAUGGGUCGGGAUAUUAUGCAAGAAGUGCUGGGAGCCUUUCCUGGUAUUGAUGAAGCUAUGAGUUAUGCAGAAGUUAUGAAGUUAGUGCAGGGUAUGAACUUCAGUGUUGUAGUAUUUGACACCGCCCCAACUGGUCAUACGUUACGUCUGCUCUCAUUUCCUCAAGUUAUUGAGAAGUCCUUGGGCAAGCUUUUAAGGCUAAAGAACCAGAUCAGUCCUUUUGUAAACCAGGUUGCUGGACUUCUUGGUAUGCAAGAAUUUAAUGCUGAUGAAGUGUCGGGGAAGCUAGAGAGCAUCCUUCCAGUCAUACAGAAAGUCAACGAGCAGUUCAAAAAUCCAGACCAGACAACAUUUGUGUGUGUUUGCAUUGCUGAGUUUUUAUCUCUGUAUGAAACAGAGCGGCUGGUUCAGGAACUAACCCGAUAUGGCAUUGACACACACAAUAUAGUGGUCAACCAACUCCUGUUUCAAAAACCUGGUGAGCAUUCCUGCUCCAUGUGCUCUGCUCGAUGCCGUAUUCAAGCCAAAUAUCUAGACCAGAUCGCUGAUUUGUAUGAGGAUUUCCAUGUGAUAAAACUCCCACUCCUUGAACACGAAGUCCGUGGUGUGGAUCAAGUAAAGGCUUUCUCAGAAACUCUAAUAAAACCAUACAUACCAUAAACAUACCAGUUUGUGGAACAUCAGAGUUACUGUUGCCUUGCUCAGGAUCAAGGAGUUAUUUUUAUGAUAUAAUUUGUGCAGAAGUGUUUAUGUAUGAAAUUUGGAAUUGAUACAAAGCUAUAUCAAGGGAUGGUGAAUUUUUAUAUUUUGUUCAAUGGAAGUCCUGUGUAUUACACAUAUUACAAUACUAUUAUAAUGUAUUAUAAUAGUAAUGUAUUAUACAUAUAAUAUAAUAUUAUUAACAAA